CGAAACGAAAAUUUCGUUAGUUUCGUUUGUGUAGGUAGGCCUUAAUACAACCUAACCUAAACCUAACCUUUUGAGUAAAACUAAAGUUUAUAUUAUCCGUGGUGAUUUGUACAAUUUCUUUUAUAGCUGCAAUCUGCAAUUAUGUCGAAACUAGGUGCUUUACAUUUGACAAAACAUACGGGUGCAAAACACACUGCCACUGUUAUUUUUUUUCACGGAUCUGGUUCUUCUGGAAGUGAUAUGAAAGAAUGGGUCAACAUAAUGUCCAAAAGUUUUUCUUUUCCACACAUCAAAAUGAUGUAUCCAACAGCUCCUCUACAACCAUAUACACCUGCUGGUCGAAACAUGAGCCAUGUUUGGUUUGAUCGAGCAGAUAUUAGUCCCAAUGUACCUGAGAAAGAAGAAUCUAUUGCGAAAAUAGAAAGGGAAGUAAAAAAUCUCAUUGAAAUUGAAAAUGAUGCUGGCAUACCUACCAAUAGGAUAAUAGUAGGUGGAUUUUCUAUGGGUGGUGCUCUGACAUUCCACACAGCUUACAGAUGGCAUCGUAAUGUAGCUGGGGCUUUUGUAUUCAGCUCCUUUCUAAAUAACAAGUCUCUUGUAUAUGAUGAAUUAAAAAACUCCCCAAGUGAAUCAUUGCCACCUCUUCUUCAAGUUCAUGGUGAUAGUGACGAGAUGGUGCCUUUGACAUGGGGCCAGCAAACGUUCGAGCAAGUCCAACAGCUUGGCGUGAAGGGAGAAUUCCACAUCCUCGAAAGACUUGGUCACUCCUUAAACAAAUCGGGAAUAGCUAAGAUAAAAAAAUUUAUUGAAAAACAUUUGCCUGACAAUGUUUAGCCAUGAUUAAAAGAAAGGAUGGAGGGUGUAAUCAAGUAGGUGUGUUACUUCGAUACAGAAAUAAAUCGAGACGAAUAGUAAAAAGAUAUACUGGUAAGGAUAUAUAUUUGAAUAUACAUUUAUUGAUUUGUUUAUAUAACAAGUUGAUGAUAUAUAGUUGGAAUGACAAUGAUUAGUUCCUAAGUGUUAAACCAAUAAAUAUACAUACUAUCUUUU